AUGUCUCUCUUUGGACAGUCCGCCAACACCAACACGGGCGGCACGACAGGCGGAGGACUCUUCGGACAAUCUACGACACAGAAUCAGCAGGGCGGAGCGACAAGCGGUGGUCUGUUUGGCCAACCCGCGCAGAAUCAACAGCAACAACAGAGCGGAACAACGGGAGGUGGCUUGUUUGGAGGACUAGGCGCAAACAAGCCCGCGACCGGUGGUGGUGGUUUGUUCGGGCAGCCGCAACAACAGCAGCAGCAGCAACCGCAGCAGCAGGCUCCUAGCACGGGUGGUGGCCUCUUUGGACAGUCGACUACACAGCAGCCAAGCACAACUACGGGCGGUGGAUUGUUUGGGCAGCCAGCACAGAAUCAGCAGAGCGGAACAACAGGCGGUCUGUUUGGCAAUCAGCAGCAGCAACAACCGCAGCAGCAGAAACCAUCACUGUUUGGCUCUUCCCUGGCACAACCUGCUGCAGCCGCGAAACCUUCGCUCUUCGGCCAACCGCAGCAGCAACCGCAGCAACAACAGCAACCGCAGCAGAACGCACCCUCAAUGUUUGGUGCAAGCACGCUCGGGGGAAGCACCUUGGGCGGAAGUCUUUUCGCCAGCCAGGUCCCCAAUGGCCAAUCCCAAGCACAAUCACAGCCAGCGGGCGCCUACUUCGACAGUCUCUUUGCCAAAAGCCAGAAAGCUGAUGGCAAAGCGAACAUGGAGGACCUCCCUAGCCUCGAACUCGGUCUUGGUGAUCUGCGACACCGAUUGAGGAAGCUUCAAUCCAAGCCCAGCGACAAACCUCUGGGUGGUAAGGCCCAUUACCUUCUUGCGGCCUCUGGUGUUGAUCCCGGAGUGGCUGCUAAGGAUCUCGGUCUCCUUGAUAUCCAGGCCGGCCGUACUGAGCGAGCUACCCAUGGAUAUGCCCCCAGCGAACUCGAUGUCGAAACCUACCUCUCGAACCUCCAGACCAAGACGACUCUCAGCAUGAUCGCCGAUGGAAUUGACCGGUCAGUCCGCGACUUUGAUAACUUUCUCGAAGAUAAUGUUACAAUGGAGUGGGAGGCGCAACGAAAGCGCAUUUACCAGCACUUUGGAAUCACACCCCGCGAGGAUGUUUCUACUUCUGGACGUGAAUCUCAGAGUGCUUUCGGUCGCUCUAGGCGCAAGAGCCAGGCGCCAGCCUCCAAGACUGGCAGAGCCAGCGUUCUCGGUAGAUCAACACUCCAGAAAUCUGUCAUUGGAACACCCAGCCGAAUCGGAACACACCAGACGGACUUUUCCGAUGUUGACCGUUCUGAGUCGGGAGGUCUGGACGGUCGUGCUUCGUCCGACGACAGGGUGCUCCGAGAGAGGCAAGGACGUCUAUCAGAGAAGAUUCGUAACCUCAACACUGCCCGUCUUCUCAGGCGACCUUACCCCAUUCUAUCUGAGCUCGCAGCUGUCGAGCAAAAGUCUCACGAGCCACAUGCACCUCAUCUCGUGGAGGCUUAUUUGGCCGUCAUGGAGAUCGUUGGCGAGAACCCUGAUGCCGAGACGACACUCAACAACGCCACGGCCAAGGAACGUGAGUUUGCGGAUAUGUACCUUAACGAAAACCCCAACUCGUCCAAGGCAGUUGAGAUGCGGAAACGCAUCCUCAGCGGCGCAAAUGUCUUUUUGGAGAAGCAAUUCCUACGAGAAGUCGAAUCGCUCAUUGCUAAGCAUCCUCACGAAGCUAAACUUGGUGGUCUCCCCGACAUUGUUAGCAAGGUUAAGGCGUACAUUCGGCUAAGGUCGGCACGUAAGGACCUUGUGCCCGAUAACACUGAGCUUCAACAAGUUCAGGGUGAGUACGUCUGGGCCAUUGUCUUUUACCUGCUCCGCUCAGGACAUGUGAGCGAGGCGGCCAAGUAUGUCAACGACAACACCAGCCAGUUUCGAGGCAUUGAUAGAACCUUUGCUACAUACUUAAACAACUACGCCGCCAGCGAGGAUCGACGCAUCACCAACAGGAAGCUAUUGGAUCGCUGCACAAACGAAUACAUUCAGCGAUCCCGUAACGCGCCAGACAACUCGAUCGAUCCUUUCCGCAUGGCUUGUUACAAGGUCAUCGGGCGUAUCGAGCUCGGUAACCGCAACCUCGAUGGACUCAACACAGAUAUCAAUGACUGGAUUUGGCUUCAGUUCAACCUGGCGAGGGAGGGUGACAAGACGAUCGAGAUGGCUGGCGAGUCUUACGGCUUGGCCGAGUUGCAGUCCAGCAUUCGAGAGAUUGGUCUGAAGCACUUUCCCAAGGCCAACUCAGAAGACAGCAACGGCAGCUUUGGCAUGUUCUUCUACCUGCAAAUUCUGUCGGGUAUGUUCGAGGAUGCCAUCGCCUACCUCUACCCCUUUUCAUAUGUCGAUGCUGUGCACUUUGGCCUAGCGCUUGAGUUUUACGGUCUGCUCCGACCAAGCGAUGCCAUGUCGCCGUCCAACGACCUGCGAAGCUACAGCACCAAGAAUCUUCCACAGAUCAACUUUGGCCGUAUGAUUGGAUACUACACUCGUGAUUUCAGAGCUGCGGAUGUUGUGUCUGCUGUGGAUUACCUGACUCUCAUCUGCCUGAACCAAGAUCUUGGUAGCGAGGCUGGUCAGCGACAUGGCAGCCUCUGUCAUGAGGCCCUUCGUGAGCUGGUUCUCGAGACACGCGAGUUUAGUAAGCUGAUCGGUGACAUCCGACCAGACGGUCGACGAAUCCGCGGUAUUAUUGAGGAGCGUGGUCCUCUCAUCGGUCUUGAUGCCGAGGAUGACUUUGUCAACACCGUCACUCUCCAAGCUGCCAGCUUUGCAGAUGAGAACGGCCGUACCACAGACUCGGUGCUGCUAUACCAUCUGGCUGGCGAGUACGACACUGUCGUUGCCAUCGUUAGCCGCGCGCUGAGCGAAGCUGUCUCUCUUGAGAUCGGCGAGGACCCCAUGCGUCUUAUGCCCGUCAAGCCCCGAGCUGGCGGACAGGAGGCCGAUACUGGUAGCAGCCUCAGCUUGGCGGCGAUCGAUGACCCCGUCGAGCUGGCCAAGACAAUGAUGAGCAUGUAUGAGCGAGACGCCAUGUUUUACAGGAGAAUCCAAGACCAGAAUAAGGUGGCCUGCCGAGUGCUGCUGGAGAUGAGCGGCAUCAAGGGUUUGGUGGAAGCUGGACAGUGGGCUCAGUGCCUAGACAGAAUCCGAAGCCUCGAGAUCCUGCCUCUAGACGCAGCCGGCGAUGGCAGCACCAUUCGAGCAUACGCCUCCAAGUUCUCUGGCCUCUCGCAGCCCGUGUCUAUUAACGUGCCCAACCUGCUGAUGUGGACUAUCAUCUGCUGCGUCCGCCAACGGGAGCAGCUGACAAGCGGCCAAUUCAGCGGCAACGAGGGAACACGACGACUGAUGGUGGAUCAACUGAAGCAGAUGACAUUGGAUCUGACGACGUACACCAGCCAGCUUCGUUACCGAUUCCCUCCUCACCUACACGAGGCUCUCGCAAGGGCAUCGGCAGAGUAA